AUGACAGGUCUUAUCUGACUAUUGUUUUAAUAAAAAGUUCAGUAUCUUUUUUUUUACAACUUCAUCAUUCUGCUCUAUAUGCCUAAUUAGGUAUAGGUAUGAUGCAAUUUUUUCUAAAUUGAAUUCUUGUUUACAAAAAUUCAUUUACUUUGGUACCUGCUCUAAAACUCUCCAUAAAUUUUUGAAGAGGUAGGUCAGUUGAGAGUAAUUGAAUGUGUCGCUAUGUCGUCUUUGAUUAUCGUAAAAUUCCUAGGCGUAUCAACAUAGGUACCAUAGGUCAUUAAUUAUUAUAUGCGAGUGCUCCUAUAGUGAAUUUUCAACGAGUUAAGCGAUUACCGUAAUCCAUUUUUAUUUAUUUUCAUGCUUGCAUGGUAUUUAUUUUUUGUGUUGAUGAAUAGUAAGUACAUAAUUAUAUGUACCUAGUUUGAAAAAAUAUUUUAUUGGUCACAUGAACAUGUUUUUGAGCUGGUCAUUCUGGAAAAAAAUUUCAAAUUUGAGAAAAUCGAAACUUAUUUUUUUUUUAAAUUUAAAACACUAAAAAAAAAGUGUUAAAACCCUUAUUAAGCUCAAAUAAAAAUUUUAAAAAUCACAGAACUACGAUAGCUUAUUUUGUUAAUUAGUGUUUUUUUCAAUGUUAAAUAUUCCAUCGUUAUACCUUUUCACAAUGGGUACUUACAUCGAUUCUGCUGACAUCCUGACGAACACUUCCCACCAUUUUAAGUAAGUACAUAGGUACAUGUUUUUUGAGACAAGUUCAACAUCCCGAACCAGACAACAAUUUCUUUCGAACAACCAAAACUUUAAGUAAAUUACCAAGAAUUUUGAAAUCAUCUACAUUACCCACAUUUUGAUACACUUCCGCAUAUAGGUACAAAUACCUAUAGUCAAUUAUCAAACGACGUUUUUCAAACGAGAAGUAAAUCAAAUAGGUAGGCAUGUAGACCGACCUUUACCUACAAAAUACUACAAUUCAACCUCAACCUCGUUUUUGGUUGAAAAUUCACCUAAUUUGUACUAUAAAUCAGUUAACGACUACACGAUAGAAGGAGCUUUGAUGCAUUUCCCGCUCCACAUCAACAAUAGAUUCAGACCGGAUUUAAGUUAUUACGAAUAGCGUCAAAUUCGACGAUAAUUAAAAAUAAAUAAAUUUAUGAAUCAUGUCCUUCAAAAGAUCGUUCAGUAUGUGUAUUGAAAAAUAAACAUAAUUUCAAGAUUUAUCUUCGUUCAUUAUUUGUUGAACGGUUUGCAAUAUGUGUUAUGUUCGAAUCGUAUUUUUUACCUUCGGAUGGCUUUCGACCAGUGUGAGUAUUUAACGCCUAUUUUUCUACAUAAUAUGUAUUUCCGGGUGUUAAGAAAUUUGAAACACAAUUGACUCAACAAAAUUUUAUAUUUUUUGAAGGGGUUUUUCUCAUUUGAUUCGCAAUAGUGAAUAAAAUCACAUUUGAAAGCACCAUUUAAAAGCACGGUUUUUCUAAUUCAUCUGAUUGAAUUUAUCGUUUAUUUGUUUGUUUUUUCAAAAAAAAAAAAAAAAAAAAAAAAAAAUACACACGCUUUUUAAAAUGAUUUUCAUAGCUAACAUGAAUUAAAUGAAUUAAAUACCUGCUCCUCUAAUGUUGCAGGUGUGCCAAAUGGCGCCAUUUGGAAUUGAACGUCUUUUAUUUGGAGGGCUUGGAGCUUUUCCUCCACCGCAACCUAUGAGAUUUCCGCUAGGUUUAGGCGGUUUAUUCGGGCAAGGACAAUUUGCACCAGGCAUCAUUGGAAUGCCUCCAGGAAUGGGAGGUUAUUCGAUGGGUCCGCUUCCAUUUCCUUUGUUUCCGACACCAUGUGAUAUGGGUUGUAAUCAAGGUGGUUUAUUUUUCGCUAAUAUCAACGUAAAUCAAGGAUCAAGUAUGCCAAUGCCUGGAGGAGGAAUGCCUGGUGGAAUGCCUGGAGGAAUGCCUGGUGGAAUGCCUGGAGGAAUGCCUGGUGGAAUGCCUGGUGGAAUGCCCGGUGGAAUGCCCGGUGGAAUGCCUGGAGGAAUGCCUGGAGGAAUGCCCGGUGGAAUGCCCGGUGGAAUGCCUGGAGGAAUGCCCGGUGCAAGGCCAGGUGCAAUGCCCGGAGGAAUGCCAGGAGGUGGAAUGCCCGGUAUGCCUCCACCAGGGGGAAUGCCCGGUGGUGGUAUGCCGACAACGACGCGUCCUCCAACUGGAGGGAUGCCAGGUGGAACUGCCUCUCCAACAAGACCACCAACAGGCUUACCACCAACAACUAUGCCUGCAAGACCUCCAAUGCCUCAGCAGCAACCCAGUAUAAAUGCUCAGUUUUUAUAUUUCGUUCCGAAUUGGUCUCCUUAUCAGUCUUUAACUUGGCCUUCUUUAUCUAUGCCUUUUUAUGGUUGAAGCCUUCUUUAAGGGUAGGUUAAUUACCUCAUUGCCCAUGCACAUACCAGAAAAAAAAGAGCGAAGAGUUGGUUAAUCAUUCGCUGAAUCUAUCUAUCUGUAACUAAAAUAGGUACGGACAAUUUAUGUACAUACAUAAUUCCUAUGAGAAAUUACUUAUCUAACUAUUUAUUUUGAACUUGAAGUAAUCAGUCAGUAUAAAAAGAAACUGAUGAAAUCAUUGUUCCAAAGAUUUUCUAUUUGUUCUAUUUCUUCACAUUUAGAUUUUAAUGCUAAAUGAACAUUACCAACGAACUAGUUUUGUGACCUUAACGUUGUUUUGCUUUGAUGUUCUAUGUUUCAAUACAGGUGUAGCGGGUGGUGUCGAUUCCUUUACCCACCUCGGCCAUUUUUUCCUCCACCUCCGCCUCCUCCUCCCCCUCCCUCCAUUUUUCCAAUGCCUUUGCCACAUCCAGCUUUUUUAAUAUUUUCUUGGU